AUGGCAAACCGCGUAGGCAAGGGGAUGCCACCUAGGAUGACUAACAACUUCAAAUGGACGGUGUUGGCAAAAAAGUAUUGGUGGACAGGGCUUUUGUUGGGCUUCGUCUCGUCUCUCUAUAUCUCUAUAUUGGAGUAUUUAUCAAGCCAAACUCUCUGCUCUUACCUCUUAGUCGGGUAUCUCUUGUGCCGCUGGAGGAAAAAAAUUCCUCAUUCUAGAAGUUGCAAAGGAUUGUUGACGUCUUAUAGAUAG